AUGUCAGUUCGACUCCUGGACCAGUACACAAGGCCUAUUCAAUUGCAAAGAGGAGUGCGACAGGGAGACGUCAUUUCUCCGAAACUGUUCACCACUGCAUUGGAAGAUGCCUUCAAGUUACUGAACUGGAAAGGAUUCGGCAUCAACAUCAAUGGUAACUUACUUCGAUUUUUGCUGCUUCAAUCUGUAUGUCUUUUAACUUUUUGUCAUAAUGAUACUGACAGGAAAAGACAACGCGCUUUAGAAGAAUCUCUGAAGAAAGACAAAGGCACAGGAUGCUUUAUUCCAAAGUUGGAUCCUUUCUCGCCCGAGAUCAUGGCGUUCAAUCAGGAUCUGCCCCAAAUUGUAUGCAAUGGCCUGGAUUGGGUCAAAUGUAACCUCAGUGAAUGUACGGUAGUCCCGAGUAUAUUGAAUUCAACCAAGGAUAUAAACUGUUACUUUCACGAUAUCAUUCACAAGACCGAUCGUGACUAUUACGUUGAACCCAUGGCCACAUUGAUAAUUAACGAUGAAGUCUUCAUAGUUGAAAAUUCAGAUAAUGUGAAAGUUUCGUGCACUGGGAGAGCUUUAGCUAAUGACCGCCCAAUGAAGUGGGUAGGUGUAAUCUCCGGUUUGCGGUCGACGGUAAAGCCUUUGAAUCCUCCACCUGGCAGAGAAAAGACCAUCAAUGUGCUGAUGUUCGGUUUCGAUACCACGUCCCGAAAUGGUUUUAUCAGGAAGAUGCCCGAGAGCUAUAAGUAUUUGUCGAUUGAUUUAGAAGCCACUUUUUUGACUGGUUACAACAUCAUAGGAGAUGGCACUACUGCAGCACUACAGGCUUUAUUGACUGGUAGGAACGAACUGGAGUUUCCUGAUGCCCGAACGCGCUAUGUCAAAACGUUCUUAAAUAACAGCAAGUUC